ACAAAAUCAAUUGCAACUUUUUUCAGUGUAUUGUGGGAAAUUUCAAAAUGAUCUAGAAUUUUUUGUGAAUGUAAAGCGAAAUACAUAAAAAAUUUCUUAUUGCGGUGACAAAUUCAAAAGUCAAAAAGAAGGAGCAAAAACCAAUUGUCAUUUUCAUUUUGUGUGAAUGAUUUUUUGCGAAACGCGCGCAAUAGACUUAUACAAGCGUCUCUUUCUUAUUUGGCAAAAGUAAAAGAAAACGGAAGAAGUGCUAGAACUGUAGUGUACACAAUCCAACAAAUUGCUUUUAUACGGCUGACAAUAUUUUUAUAUUUAGCCAGUGUAUUCGUUCUAGAGCGGCGUGGCUAGUGUGUUUUCAUUAUUUUGCAAAUUCGUGAAAAAGGUCCAAGUGGUCGUUGUCGUCGUCUUUUUGCCGACCGAAUCUUUUUGUACGUUCGUUGUGGAAACACGGCAGUCGUCAAAAUCAAGUGCGAUUUGUGGUGCAAAGAAUUGUGAAUUCGUCGUAAUAACAACGAAUUCAUUUUGCCAAAUCUAUAUAAUUUAGUUCAAGAAAAAAAGGAAUUUCAAUUUCUUCAGUUUUAAUUUUUUAUUUUUCCCACAAUUGAUUGAAGUUGAAUUGAUUAAAAUAAAAUUAGAGUUUUUUUUUAAUUUUCUUGAUUCUUCGUCUACACACACGAUUACUAUUGUUUGGUUGGCGAGCUCUUUGUGCUAACACACACUGAAAAAAGUUUUUUUAGUGAGGAGCGGCGGCUGGCUUCACACAUACAGACCCCAUCAGUGGAAUUAAAAAAAAGAAAAAUUGAACAAAAAAGUUUAAAAAAAGAAAUAUUAAACAUACAUCAAACAACAUUGAAUUUGUAAAUCAAAUUUUAACUAUAAAAUGGCGUUAAAAAGAAUUAAUAAGGAAUUACAAGAUUUGGGCAGAGAUCCACCUGCACAAUGUUCAGCUGGUCCAGUUGGCGAUGAUUUAUUUCACUGGCAAGCAACAAUAAUGGGACCGCCUGACAGCCCGUACCAAGGUGGUGUAUUCUUCUUAACAAUUCACUUUCCAACAGAUUAUCCAUUCAAACCACCUAAAGUGGCUUUUACAACGCGCAUAUACCAUCCAAAUAUAAACAGCAAUGGAUCGAUUUGUCUCGAUAUAUUAAGAUCUCAAUGGUCGCCAGCACUUACUAUAUCAAAAGUUUUAUUAUCAAUUUGCUCUCUACUCUGUGAUCCAAAUCCAGAUGAUCCACUUGUACCAGAGAUUGCAAGAAUAUAUAAAACUGAUCGGGAAAAAUAUAAUGAAUUGGCACGAGAAUGGACUAGGAAGUAUGCUAUGUGAUGCGUUCCAGUUUGUAUAAUUGAUUCGUCGUCGUCGUCGAUGUCGUCGUUGUUGUUGUUGUUGUCGUCAUCUUCAUCAUCAUCGUCAUCAUCACCAACAUCAUCAUUAAUGUCGUCGUCGUCGUCAUUUAUAACGCCGUUGUCGUCGCCAUUCAAGUUGUCAACAGCAGCAACAUUAUUAUUGUUCAUUUUAUUGUUGUUAUUAUCUUUCAUAAUAAUGACAAUCGAAUGUUACUACUUCAACAACAACAACAUGAAGAUAAUUAUGAUGAUGUCAUCGUCAUAUUUGUUUUUAAAGUUGUUGUUGCCAUCGUUGUUGUUUGUGUCGUCAAAAAAUAGUUACAACAUCGACAACUAUUUUCAAAACGACAACAACACCGAAAAUAUCAACAACUGCAACCACAACGGCGACAAGAUCAAAUACUGCAACAUCAACAACAACAGCAGCCGCAGCAUCAACAACCGCAGCAGCAAAAACAACAACAGCAACAACUACAACAACAAUAUCAUCCAUAACUAAAAAAAUGAUGUGUAUUGAAUGAUUUAAAACAAAAAAGAUUAAUAAUAAUAAUUAUAAUAAUAAUAAUGAUAUUUGAUUAAAUUGAUGAUUGAAUGAUGAACUACAACCAAUUGUUUUGUAAAGAAUGAAAAAAUAAGAAAUAUACAAAUAAUAAUAAUAAUGAUAAACAAAAAGGAAUGAGAAAGAAAAGUAUAGGAUGAGAUGAGAAUGAUGAUGGUAUGAAGAUAAAAAAUAAUAAUUAAUAAAAAAAUACAUACAAAAUUAAACAAAAACUAAAAAAAUAAAAAAGGAUUUUGCUACUACUACAACAACAACAACAACUUAAAUUAGCAACAAACAUUUGAAAAAAAAAAAACAAAAAAUUACAGAUUGUAACGCUCUUUAAAUAAAAUAAAAAACAAAAAAAUUAAAAAAAUAUAUAUAAAUACAAAUACCUACACACACAACACACACUCAUACACGAAAAAAAAGAAACAAAAACAAAAAAGCAUGAUGAUGUGAAAGAAAAAAUGAAAAAUUUAAUAUUUAAUAAUAAUAAUAAAUAUAAAAUCCAUUUAUUCAGUUUAAUUUACAACAAAACAACAAACAAAAAUAAAAAACGCAGUAAAAACAGAAACUUAAAUAUUCAAUUAUUGCCCGACCACCACCACCACCCAACUAACUCCUCCUACAAAUCAAUUUCACAAAAUCCUUAAAACCGAGCUGAGAAGAAGAACCUGCUAAUAUUUAUUCGUUAUGCUCUCGCUCCUCCUCCUCCUCCUUUUCUUUGUUAAAUGACAACAAAAUACCUAUCUAUUUUUCUUAC